CUCCACCUUCUUCCCUCCCACUCAACUGGGCCGCGAGGAAGUCGCAAGAUGGCUGAUGUCGCUUGGAAGUAAUGUUCCCCUCUGCAACAUGAAGCCGUGAGUGUGGAAGAAAGCGAGGGAGGCACCAUCGGGCUUUUAUUUUUAUUUUCUUUUAAGUUACUUUUCUUUUAUUUCGUCAAACAUCCAUCUCAUUCCGCGUCGUGUCCGCCCCGGACUUGUCUUCGGGAGUUGACGCGUCAAAUCACGCCGGGGACCCUGCCAGCAGCUAACAGCAGCUAGCCGCACAGUUAGCAAAUAUUAGUACAGCUAGUCAGUCAACCAGGCUCACCGCUUUUUAGUUUAUUUUUAACUGAUAUUCUGACACCCGCGAGCCAGUAACCUAUCGCUACACAUGUGCUGACAUUUGCCUGAGGUAGUGCAGAAUAAAUGUCAAAUAUUUCAGCUGUCAGAUUAAAAAAAAUAAGGAUUUUGCGAGCUGCUCGGUGUAACAUCAUGUCCGCGAACUGGCCGUCCAGCCUGUGGGUUGCUAACUAAUGCGCAGUAUUGCAUCUGUUUCAUGUGCACAAACCAGCAGGAUCACUACUUUGUAGAGUUUCUUGAUAAUAUCCACCACCUGGCAUGCAUUUCCGUUAUUAGCUGCCAACCACAUUUUGGAAGCCGGUUAUGUUAAAGCCAAAUUAUGGAAGCAGGAAAUAUGGUGAACUUUUUCUGGUUGUAGGUAGCUGCACUGGCCUUGCUGGCAUCUCACCAGAAAUCCACAGGGAUGGACACUAAACUGAGCACCCACGACCAAAACUGAGGAAUUCAUUAUCUCGGGAAAAAAGUAACGUUAGCUGACACACUUGCACAGCAGUGCAUGGUGACUCAUUUCACUAGUCUGGGUGACACAGACGUGGUUUCGCAGGGUUUAACUAAACUCUACAGUUAGUCACUACACCGGAGACCAGUUAGCUUGCCUACAGCUAGCUACAGUCUCGCCCCACACCACAUCACAAACACGGCGUACAGGACGUAUUCAGAGCCCGCUCCCGGCCAAACCCACAGGCUCAAUAACACCGUCAUGGGAGUGCAGGGUUUUCAAGAAUAUCUAGAGAAGCGGUGUCCCGGGGCCGCAGUCCCGGUGGACCUCCUGAAGCUUGCCCGUACCGCGGCCCGCCAGCCCCCUCACCAUCAUCAUCCGCACCACCACCCACAUCACCCCGGGCCCAUGCCUCCCCCGCCCCCGCCUGCCAGGAUCCUCAUCGACGCUGACUCCGGCCUGCAGCGCCUCUACGGCGGCUACCAGACGGACUGGGUGUGCGGGGGCGAGUGGAACGCCAUGCUGGGCUACCUGGCCGCCCUGUCGCAGGCCUGCCUGUACCAGGGCGGCCUGGAGCUGGUCGUGGUUUUCAACGGCACACUGGGGAAGGAGCGCUGGCCCGAGUGGGCGCGGCGAGCUCAGGGCCAGCGACAGACGGCGCAGCUGAUAGUCAACCACGUCGGCAGCAAGGCCACCCCGCCUCCCCGGGCAUGGUUCCUGCCCCCGGCCUGCCUCAGCCACUGCGUCCGCCUCGCCAUGUUCCGCUUCCGAGUGCGGGUUGUACAGACUUUGGAGGACCACCACCAGGAAGUGCUGUCUCUGUACAGGGACUAUGGAUUUGCUGGCCUGAUCGCUCAGGAUUCGGAGUUUGCCCUCUGUAACGUACCCGCCUACUUCUCCUCGCACGCGCUCAAACUGAGCUGGAACGGCAAGAACCUGACCACACACCAGUAUCUGUUGUCUGAGGCUGCCAGGCAGCUCGGGCUCAAGACACAGCACCUGCCCUGCUUCGCUGCUCUGCUGGGAAACCAUAUUCUGCCUGAUGAGGACCUGGCUGCCUUCCACUGGAGUCUGCUGGGACCAGAACACCCACUAGCUUCUCUCAAGGUGCGAGCCCAUCAGUUGGUGCUGCCGCCCUGUGAGGUGGUGAUCAAGGCCGUCUCCGAGUACGUCUCCUCCAUCAAAGACCUGGGAAACCUCGACGCCAUCGCCAGAGAUGUCUUCAAACAGUCACAGUCUCGUAUGGAGGACAAAGUGGAGCGAUUCAAGAAAGCUGUGGAGUAUUUCUCAGCCGCCUCCAAACCACGUUCGCCCAACAUGGGGCCCUCCUCUUUCAUUUUACCUGGGUUUGGACCCAAUCCAUUUGGGGGACCACCUGGCCACAUGGGACCGAUGCAGCCUGGAAAGAAUCAGUUCCCUCCCCAGGUUCCGGGGUUAAAGCCACCCUAUCAAAAUGCUCCGUACGGACCUGGCUCCACCCCUCUGUUCCAGAACCCACCACCACCGUCCCAAGACUGCAACGAUUCACUGACAGGCAAGAUGGGCCUCUCUGACUGGUCAGCUCCAUAUGAUUCCACUCAGGGGGGAAGCCGAUUACCCAACCAUCACACCGGCACUCAGUCCGGUCCCUCUCCGUCUCCUUCCUCGUCAUCAGAUGGAGAUGAACCCAACGACAGCAAUGCAAACCAUUUGACGGACAAGCCCUCUCGGUGGGAGGAUCCCGCCGGAAGGGGGGGCUCGGCCUCUGGAGACGGUUCCCAAGGCAACGGGAGCGGGUCAAACAUUCCGUCACUGCUGUCUAUGGCGACGCGGAGUCACAUGGACAUAACCACACCCCCUCUGCCUCAGGUUAGUGCUGAGGUUCUUCGUGUAGCUGAGCACAGACACAGAAGAGGACUGAUGUAUCCUCAGAUUUACCACAUAUUGACCAAGGGAGAGAUGAAGAUGCCAGUGUGUAUAGAGGAUGAGUGUAACUCAGAGCUGCCUCCUGCCUCUCUGCUGUUCCGUGCUGCCAGACAGUAUGCCUACGGCGUCCUCUUCAGUCUGGCCGAAACACACCGCCGCCUGGAGAGGCUCGCCCUCCGGAAAAGGGCUCCCCUGGAAGUUCCUCCAGUGAUUGUCAAAGAGUGGAGCAGCGGUAAGGCCAAGUCAGCCCUGACUCCGGAGCUGGUUCCGGCCCUGUGUUUCCGGGAGUGGACCUGCCCCAACCUGCGGCGGCUGUGGUUGGGUCGAGCCAGCGAGGACCGCUCCAGGAGAACCAGGGCCUUCCUGGCCUGCUUACGCUCCGACUGCCCAGCCCUCCUCAACCCAGCACAAGUCCCACAGCAUCUGCUGCUCAUGUGCUGCGUGCUCAGGUAUAUGAUGCAGUGGCCUGGAGGAAGGAUCCUCCAUAGACAUGAGCUUGAUGCCUUCUUGGCGCAGGCUGUUUCCAACCAGCUCUACGAACCCGACCAGCUACAGGAGCUCAAGGUGGAGAAGGUGGACGCCCGCGGCGUGCAGCUGGCUGCUCUCUUUAUGGCCGGCGUUGACACAGCACUGUUCAUCAAUGAUGUGUGUGGCCAGCCAUUGCCAUGGGAACACUGCUGUCCCUGGGGCUUCUUUGACGGCAAACUGUUCCAGAGCAAACUGGCCCGGGCCGCUCGAGACCGGGCUGCCCUGCUGGACAUGUGUGAGGGGCAGGAGGAGCUGGUAUCCAAGGUUGAGAAGAUGCGUCAGGCGAUCCUCGAGGGCAUCAACCUGUCCCGCCCUCCUCCUCCUCCCCCUCCUCUUCCACCUCCUGCCUUCCUACCCCCCGCCAUGGUGCCCCCUUUCUACCCCAUGCCUCCCCUCUACCCACCUCGCCCCAUGGGCGGCAUGCCUCCUCAUCAUCACCCGCAUCAUCCACAUCACCCGGCCCAGCACAGACCCAGAGCCUUCCCAGGCAUUCAGUCCAUCCCCCCUCAGGGAGGGAAACUGGAGAUAGCUGGCAUGGUUGUCGGCCAGUGGGCUGGGAACAAACCAAUCCGUGGGAGAGGGGGGUUCAACAUGCAGGUGGUGUCAGUGGGAGCAGGGAAAGGGAGGGGUAAAGAGAUUCCAGCAAAAGUAAGGGGAGGGAAAAAGGCAACUGCCAACAGAACACAGACGUCAUCCCCCCCAUCCAGCAGUCCCCCAAAGCCCUCAGAGGAGGCGGGCUCCACGCCAGAGGUUGCGACCCAGCAGCUGAACGGCAGCUCAGCAGCCUCCGCCAUCAGCCAGCCCUUGGAGCUGGCCCCCCUGGCCCAGCCAAUCCCGUGUGCCUUAGCCAGCAGAGACAACCAAUCAGAGGGGGUGGAAGUGGAGGCCCCCUGUUGCCUUGACGACUGCCCGUCAGACGGAGCGCUACAGAAGGAAGAGUGACGGCGUCCUUACCGGGAUGCGCUGCUCUGAGAGAGUUAUCUGUGUUCGACUGCCUUUCCCUGUUUUUGUAGCCCUGCCUGCUAGCUGUGCACAUUUAUCACAUGGAGCAGGAAGCGACGCGAGGCUCCUCCUCGUCCUCUCUGCUGCUCCAUGCGAUAAGCCAAAGCAGUUAGCUGUUACUCCCUUUUUAGUUUUCUCAUGUGGUUUUACAUUGUUUUAUGAAGAGAGGAUUUCUCCAUGAGUCUGUAAGCGCCCCACCCCUCAAAAAUCCUAAAUGCCUCCCUCCCGCACUCAGAGUAAAAUAAGCUUGAAGCCCCACCCCCCCCACCCUCCC